AUGGAGGACUUGAAGAGCUUAAGGGCACGCUUAGAAGAUACGCAGGAGACUCUCACGCAGCAUCUAGUAGGGGAGAAUGUCGAGUCGGACGUCAACAUCCUUUCUCUUUCCAUCGAAAACGUCUUGCUUGCGCUCGACUUCCUCCGCAACACGCUGGCUACCUGUACUUCUGCAGAUCAACGCGAAAAACUGGAGCGGAGCAUCCAAUCGCUUUCAUGGUGGCACGAAGGAUUGAACGCUUACUUGCAAGACACGAAAUGUGCUCUGAUACGGCUUCAGAAAGCGGAAGCGUGUCGGUAUCUUUUCCUUCAGGAGGUGUAUCUCCGGCGUAUGAUACGGCGCGACAUGGAAAGUAACUACCAGUGGUUCAAGACAAUGGUCCAGCACGCUCUGACUGUCCUACUACUCGAAGAGCCUAUCUCAGACCGCCGUUCGACGGAAAUGGGCUCUGGAGCGCUUGCGGCGUUAGUGAGCGCCGCCAAACCGAGCCUGAAGCAGAACUUCGUGUCUCGGAGUCAUCGCAAUAUCCCAUGGCCGCCAUCGCUUUGGAGGUACACGAUCGGUGGUGAAGAGAAGGUCACCAUCGUGUUCGUACCAGACAGCGAUCUAUCAAAGAAGAAGGCCAGAUCGAAGCGUAGGGUCGUGAAAAUGGAGGUUAACAGAUUCGCGAUGCGGUAUGGGCUAAUGCCUGAACUUGCGCCCGAUAACUCGUCAGAGAAGACACUGGUUAACGAGGUGGUCAACAUAUUUAAGCGCUCCAGCUUCAGCGCGAAGUCAUCUCAUCGAGAGAGUCUGUCGGCUGCCACAGAGAAGGUAGCGCCUCAUUCGAGGCCUAUAUGCGAGGUCAAUCCGCUUGUUUGGCGGUACUCCGUUGACGGUGGGACGAUAGCGCUCCUGUACUUCUGGGACGAGAGCUCGCGUCAGCAGAGGGUAAAAGCCGACGUCGGGAGGCUCGUCCAGGGGGUCGGCAAAUUCAUAACACGAUUCGGGUUGGCACGCGAAGAUAUCGGUGUGGGAGAUGCAUUCGAGCAAGUGCUCCUCGACGAGGCGGCGUCGGUUUUGACAAUGCCUCGUCAGUCAAUACAAGCAUCUGAACUCCAAGACACCCGAGUUGAUUUGUCGAAACGCAAAGCAAGUAUUGACGAUGAGCUCGACAAGAUUGUUAACAUGGUUACGAGGAAAGAGGGAAACAACGGUGCGACUGCGUACAGGUGUUGGAAACGGUUUGUGAACGUUUUUGAGCGGUAG